CUCUCUCUCCAACCAACGAAAAUGGCUAAAGAUUCUCAACAGCGAGCACAGGGAGACGUGGUUGCCAAAUCCUUCCUCCGCCCAGCCAAGCUCUCUCUCCUCACCGACCGUCUCCUCUUCUUCGGCUGCGGUGCUGCCGUCGCUCUCUUCCUCUAUUUCGCAUUAUACUCCUCCCUCACUCCCAUCCCCUUCCCCGACUCCAACCCUUCCCCUCCUCUCACCUCCCACCUCUCUACCCAACCCCAAUCUCCCCUCCCCAACCACCCCUCCACCAUCUCCCACCUUUCCACCCAACAAAACCAAUCUCCCUCCAUCCCCACGAAUGUCUCCACCAUCCAAAACCAAACCUCCUCCUCCUAUGAUGAUGACCACCCACGCAUUGUCUCCUCCAAAUCUGAAACCAUUCCUCUCGCCAAAUCCUCCUCCCGUUCUUCCUCCAGACGCCGGACUUCCUCCUCGAAACGCCGUCGUGACCCCCGCAAGCCCCCCUCAGAUCCCCCACCUCCAAGCGACGUCCCCCAGAACUCGUCCACCUUCUAUGAUGACCCCGACCUCUCCUACACCCUCGACCGUCCCAUCUCUGACUGGGAUGCCAAGCGUCGUCAGUGGCUCCGCCUCCACCCCUGGUUCUCCGCCACCCCGGACCGCAUCCUCAUGGUCACCGGCUCCAAGCCCGGCCGGUGCUCCAACCCUACCGGCGACCACCUCCUCCUCCGCUUCUACAAAAACAAAGCAGAUUACUGCCGCAUCCACGGCUUCGACCUCUUCUACAACAUGGCCCUCCUCCACCCCUCCAUGCCUGGCUGCUGGGCCAAACUCCCAUUAGUCCGGGCUGCCAUGGUGGCCCACCCGGAGGCCGAGUGGAUCUGGUGGAUCGAUGAGGACGCCGCCUUCACCGACAUCGAGUUCCGCCCACCUUUCGACCGCUACAGUGCUUACAACCUCGUCAUCCCUGGCUAUCCCUCCAUGGUCUACGAGCAGAGGAACUGGAUCGGCCUCAAUGCUGGCGUGUUCCUCAUUCGCAACUCCCAAUGGGGCCUUGACUUCCUCGACUCAUGGGCUCGGCUCGGGCCACAGACUCCAAACUACAGGAAGUGGACCAAAAUACUGCUCUCGGAGAUUAGUGGCAAGGAUAGCGGCGACUCGGAUGACCAAUCGGCAUUGGUGCACCUCUUAGUUAAAGACACCAAGAGAUGGGGGAACAAAGUCUAUUUGGAGAAUAGCUAUGACUUGCAUGGCUACUGGGAGGCUAUUAUGGGGAGGCUGGACAAUAUAACGGAAAGGUACAAAAAGUUGGAGAAGAAGGAGAAGGAGUUGAGGAGAAGGCAUGCAGAGAAGGAUACCGUGGCUUUUGGGGAGACGAGGUUGAGGCAUUUGGACCAUGAGGUGGGGGUGGGGCCGCAGGAAAAGAAGAAGCGGAGGCCGUUCGUGACGCACUUUACAGGUUGUCAGCCCUGUGGUGGAGGCUACAACCCAACCUACACAUGGGAGAGCUGCUACGAGGGGAUGCAUCGCGCACUCAACUUUGCCGACGACCAAGUGCUUCGGGCCUACGGGUUUGGGCGGCCAGAUAUAAACGACAUCUCCAGCGUCCAGCAGCUGCCGUUUGAUUACCCCGCGUCCCCUCCGGGUUGAGAGCAUUAUGACUCCGACCCUGUGGGACAUUGCGAUACCUCAGCUUCAUUGUUAUAAGCCAUGGGGUUCUUGUGGUUUUUAUUAUUUUUUAUUUUUCAUUUUUCUUUUGGUCAAGAAUAGGAAUGAUUGGGAGGAAGAUCAAGUAGAGAAAGGUGAUGGAAUAUGCUGGACUUUUUUUUUUUUUGAGAAAAUGUACAAUGCGAUUAUACUUGCAUAAUUCUAUUUAUAAUCA